GAGGAAGUGAUGAGUUUUCGCUCGCGACACAUCGCCAGAGUGUUUAUCAUGGGACGCUUUAUCAUUCCGUUUUAUUUCAUAUAGUUUUCCACAAAAAAAAAAAAAACGGGACGGAUAAAAAAAAAAUUAAGCUGAAGAGGAGGUGCUGAGUGUCGGCCAUGUUGGAUCACGCAGACGUGAGUUUGAGCCCGGAGGAGCGAGUGCGCGCUCUCACUAAGAAGGGCAGUGCGGUGGAGGUGAGUGAGGGGGUGCCGGCGCGCCGAUACUUUCGCUCGGGCAUGGAGAUGAUCCGCAUGGCCCACGUCUACGCCGAGGAGGCCAACCAGGAGCACGCCUUCGUCCUCUACAACAAAUACAUCACACUCUUCAUAGAGAAACUCCCCAAACAUCCUGAGUACAAGUUGUCCAACAUCCCUGAGAAGAAGGACACUCUGAAGAAACUGAAGGAGGUGGCAUUUCCACAGGCUGAAGAGCUGAAGAAGAGUCUGCUGAAGAGAUAUGAGAGAGAGUACGCCGAGUAUCUGAGUAAAAAACGUGAUGAGGAGGCGGCAUUCCAGCGUGACCAGGCUAAGAAGAAGGAGCUGGAGGCGGAGAGGAAGCGUGUGGCGGAGCUGCAGAGGAGGCAGGAGGAGCAGCAGCAGUUCAGCGUGUUUGAGGAGAUGAUCCGGCGCCAGGAGAUGGAGCGCGAGCGUCAGCGCGUCCUGCAAGAGUUCAGCACUCCGGUCUCCCCUCCUCAUGACUCCCCUCUCAUCCCUGGCAUCCAGGGCCCGCCCCCGCCUUACUCGUCAUCCCCUACGCCACCCCAGAGCCCCGGGUACCCCUCCACCAAUCACAGCACAGCUCCGUCAUCGACCACGCCCAAUCCGGCUCCCACUCCUAUGUUCGACCGCUCGCUCAAACCGGGCUCUCUGAACAAAUCAGGCAACAGUACACUGGUGGACGGAUUGCGGCAGGUCGCCGUCCCCGCCGAGCUCUGCUCCAAGUUCCUACAGCUGGCCAACAGCAACACUAUGCGAGCCGUGGAGACGUGUGGGAUCCUCUGCGGAAAACUGACGAGGAACGCGUUCACGGUGACGCACGUCAUCGUCCCGAAGCAGUGCGGCGGUCCUGAUUACUGCGACACGGAGAACGAGGAGGAGCUGUUUCUGGUGCAGGACCAGCACAACCUUAUCACGCUCGGCUGGAUACACACUCAUCCGACCCAGACGGCCUUCCUCUCCAGCGUCGAUCUUCACACUCACUGCUCCUACCAGCUGAUGUUGCCUGAAGCCAUCGCCAUCGUCUGCUCGCCUAAAUUUAACGAGACGGGCUACUUCAGGCUAACCGACUACGGCAUGGAGGAGAUCUCCACCUGCACACAGAAAGGCUUUCACCCUCACCGCAAAGAGCCCCCGCUUUUCAUAAACGGCAGCCACAUUGCGAUCACAGAAGGAGUCGUCACUAUGCUAGACCUGCGCUGAGCUUUCAACCCUGGACAGCAUCUGUAAUCUCUUACCCUUAACAUGCUACAUGGACAAGCACUGGCUAGACGUAAGAACAAUGAUUAGUGACCAAUCAGAAUUUACAGGUGGUGGGAUUCCGUUCGACCAGAUGGCGGCAUGAUUGAAGCACUUUCGAGAAAGAAAACACACGUUAUAGCAGAGAAAGACACCUUCACACCAUCCGCUGAGUUUGGAGACCUCCAUGUAUGUCCGGAACUCUGAAGAAAACCAACCAGCGACAGUUUCAUGCAUAACAUAAAUUAUAAUUGUCCUUCAAUGUCAUGUUGGUGUUGAUGGUAAUGGCGACGUGUUUGACACUAACUCAUUGAUGUAAAUAACAUUAAAGCAACAAGGUGUUUUUAAACCUGCA